CCUGGCCCCCGGUUUGCCCUGCUCCUUCGCCCGUGGGGAGUGAGGCUCCUCGGAGCCCGCUCGCAGCUCCCGGAAGGGCGGGCGGGCGGGCGGGAGGUGGUGCCGGCGCGGCGAUGCUGCAGCCCUCCCCCGGCGCCGACGGGGUCCUGCCGGGGUAGCGGCCCCGCCGUGCCGCGCCGAGCCCCWCCGUCUGCGGGGGCGGCGGCCGCGGAGGGAUGGAGCCGACCGGCCCCUGCCGGGCGCAGUUGGGCUCCGCCAACGACUCUUACCGAAACUGUAGCGCCGAGGAAGUGAUCUACCAAGAUGCCACCCCCCUCUCCGGGAAGAUCGUGCUCGCCGUCGUCCUCGCGCUGGUCACCCUGGCCACGGUGCUCUCCAACGCGUUUGUCAUCGCCACGGUCUACCAGACGAGGAAACUCCACACGCCGGCCAACUAUCUGAUCGCCUCGUUGGCCGUCACCGACCUCCUCGUCUCCAUCCUUGUCAUGCCCAUCAGCACCAUGUACACUGUGACCGGCAAGUGGACGCUGGGCCAGAUCGUCUGCGAUAUCUGGCUGUCUUCGGACAUCACCUGUUGCACGGCGUCCAUCCUGCACCUCUGUGUCAUCGCCCUGGACCGCUACUGGGCGAUCACCGACGCCGUCGAGUACUCCACGAAACGGACUCCCAAGCGGGCAGCGGGCAUGAUCGCACUGGUGUGGAUCUUCUCCAUCUGCAUCUCCAUGCCCCCUUUGUUUUGGCGGCAGGCGAAGGCCGAGGAAGUAUCUCACUGUGUGGUGAACACGGACCACGUCCUGUACACCGUGUACUCCACAGUGGGAGCCUUYUAUUUCCCCACGCUGCUGCUGAUAGCCCUCUACGGGAGGAUCUACGUGGAAGCCAGGUCGCGGAUUUUGAAGCAGACGCCAAAGAAAGCAGGUAAAAGACUAACGCGGGCUCAGUUAAUUACAGACUCCCCGGGGUCGACCUCUUCCGUCACCUCCAUAAACUCCAAGGCUCCCGAGGGAUCCAGCGAAACGGGCUCCCCCGUGUACAUGAACCAGGUGAAGGUGAAGGUCUCGGACGCCCUGCUGGAGAAAAAGAAGCUGACGGCCGCUAGAGAGCGGAAAGCUACAAAGACUUUAGGGAUUAUUUUAGGAGCCUUCAUCGUGUGUUGGCUGCCCUUUUUCAUCAUCAGCCUGGUGUUGCCUAUUUGCAAGGACGCUUGCUGGUUCCACAUGGCCAUCUUUGACUUUUUCACGUGGCUUGGAUAUCUCAACUCCCUCAUCAACCCCGUCAUCUAUACUAUGUCUAACGAAGACUUCAAACAAGCUUUCCACAAACUCAUACGUUUCCGAUGCACAGGCUGAAAUGUUGAAUGCGAUGUGUUCCCCGGGGCCGCCCCCAUGCACGCCCGCGCCCGGCGCCACAGAAUCAAGUUGCUAUUGUAAAGACCCACUGCUUGAAACUUCCCCAAGCCCAGUUGCCAGACUCAUGAUGCUGCAAAAACGUCAAUACAUUCUGCCACCAAACUGCUCAGCUCUGCGUUUCAGUGUAAUGACUCUGGCAGAGAUGCUGUUCCAAUAGGCACGCAGAUCAGUUGCAAAAAAACAAAAAAAAAAGAGGGCAGCCUCGAAUCAAGGUCUAUAAUUCAUCUGGAAUGAAGAAAAAAGUUCGAGAGUAAACUCCAUUUAUUUUGCAGGCUUAACUUCUUAAUUUGUUCUCCGGCCGGUUGUAGGGGUGUGCACAAGAGCACAGUUGUCUCUGUCUGUGUUGGUAGCAUAGUUGUACUUCUGCACACCUGUAAUUUCUUUCUUUCAGUGGAAAGAGUUGCUCCCUUCACUCAUGAGGCCAAGAGGAGAAAAAAAAAAACAAAGCACGUUUAAAAUAGGAGCAUCGCAGUAAAUUCUGUAAAUGACUCCUUCAGCUGAACAUGUGUGAGAAGUGACAGUGUGCAAAAGUUUUAUAUUUGUAUUUCAAAACAAUAGCAAAUGCAAAUGCUCUAGAAAMAAGAGUUGUAGACCUGUUCAACUGCACUGCAUAUCUGUAGUCUGUCCUCAUAGUUGCCUUUAGAAAGUAAAUCUUGCUUUCACUCCAUAAGAGCAGAAAUCAAGAAGUCCAAUUACCUUUUCAUAAACCAGCUGGGAAUAGAAGUAGCAGUUUGAUGUUGUAACCAUGUUUUCCAUUUUGUGUCGGUUGCACACCCUUACCGCAUGAACCACUGCGAAAUUUAGAAAUCUCUAAGUACUUAACAUUAUUUAGUGUAUUUUGUAAAGAAGUGAAGCAAUUUGCUCUUUCAGAAGAGCUAUUUCACCUGCAAAAUAAAUACCCAUGAAUCAUGAAUUUACUGAUGUUAGUGAAAUUUCUUGCCUCCUUACUCCCCUGCCCUGUUUUUUUAUUUUUUUCUUGGUUUAUUUUUUCUUUUUUUUUUUUUUUUUUUGGUUGGACCUUAAGACAGGUCUAAGCAUAUUCAGCAGAUUUUCAGGAUAUGGUCCACCUGCUGUGAUAGAACUGCAUUGAUUGUUCCUCUUAUGUGUAAAUGAAAAUGAGUAUAAACAAUAAAACGCUUGACUGUGUUCUCAAGAGUGGUAGCAAUUGUGUGACUGAAAGGAGUAUUUAUUGGUUUACCUGCUUUCUCAGUAUUGACUUUUUAGGUAACACUGAUUUGAUGAGUCACUCAAGAAGCAAUUGCUGAAAGUUGAAAAGACAAGGUUCAAUCAGUUGUCAGUUUUUUAACAGGCAGCUUUAUUUUCAUCGUAGUUAGGUAUAAUUCUUACUGUUUUCAUGUAAUGUCAGAAUAAAUGUUUGGCCUUUUUUCAGAAAUAUUUUUGUUACUCCUUUGAAAGCAAACAAAACUUGCUUUAGUGUUUGGUGGAUACGGUCAUCAAUGUUCUUUUGAGGCUGUAUGUAUGUAUUCUAGAGGGGGUCUGUUAAAGGACUGGAAAAAUKGUACAUGAUUUAUCUGCCUGCUAUUCUUCAGAGAGUUAUUUAAGUAAUAAGGACUUACUUAACUGUACAGUAAAGAACAUGACCCUCUGUGCUCCUGAUGGUCUUAGGGAAAAGGAAGUCUGUAAGACACAAAGCAGUGGAAAGUAAACAUUUUCAGUAAUUUGAAGAAAUACAAAAAGAAUUGCCUUAAAAUUGGAUACUUCUAAAAAGGAGAACUACUAUACUAUGCUUCUAGAAAGUACCCUCUUAAAUUAUUAAAGACACAUGUGCUAAGAGGAAAUUUCUUAAAUGUUAUCUUAUUUGAUUGAAAUGCCUGUAAUAAUUUUAAAUUUAAGGAGCUUUUUGCAUACAUGGUGUGAAAAAAAUCAAGGAAGAUAAUGUAUACCAWUGGUUAACCAAUUCUCAUUUGUCAUCUUCUGAUCUUGUAGAAUGAAUUUUGUUUACACCAAAUUCAUUCUCAGUACGCUUUUUAUAUAUGUGGAAAUUGGAUGAUGGGAUUUAGAGUGAGUUUUUCAGCAUUUCCAGAGAGUUGAUUUUUUUGUCAGUUUUACAAAGCUAGGGGGCUUGGAGAGCAGGGACAUUSAGGAGUUGGUCUUCGUGUUCCUCACACUGGUGGAGUAUACCUUCAUCUUCAGCAGCUGGCAGCAAAUACUCCCAGCUC